CCCAAAUCCCCUUCAUUUCAUGCAUACCGGCACCGGGUAGAGCCGGUGGGUGCACGACCGUAGUUAAAACCCUCCUCCUCCUCCUCCGCCUCCGUUCUCCGUCGCAGAAGCCCGAAAUGGAGUUCGAGGAUCACGACGAAGAAGAAGACAUGGAAAUGGAAGCUCCAACAAACUACGACAAACCACUUCUCCAAACCCCUCCUCCUCCUCCUCCACUUUCCCGCCUCAACAAAACCCCAUCUCCGCUCCACUCCUCCCCCCCUCCUCCCCCCCUCUACAAAGAGUGCUUAAAAAACCACGCCGUCUCCAUCGGUGGCCACUCCCUCGACGGCUGCGGCGAGUUCAUGCCCGCCGGCCCAAACGGCUCUCUCGACGCACUCAAAUGCGCCGCCUGCAACUGCCACCGCAACUUCCACCGCAAAGACAUUACCACCACCAACGACGACAACGGAGAAUCACCACCGUUCAUCUUAUCCAACCCACCACCAACCGCCCAGUUCGUUCCCUACUGGCGUGCUCCAGCUGGCUACCUCCACGUGGCACCCCAACGACGAAUGCUGGCGCUCCCGUCGCCUUCAAGUGGAGACGGCGGAUGCAGAAAGAGGGUAAGGACAAAAUUCACUGAGGAGCAAAAGGAGAAGAUGCUGGUGAUGGCGGAGAAGCUGGAUUGGCGUAUUCAAAAGAACGAUGAAGCGGCGGUGAUGGAAUUCUGCAACGAAAUCGGGGUGAAACGCCGAGUGUUGAAGGUUUGGAUGCAUAACAACAAGAACACGUUUCGUAAGGACUCUGAACACAACAAAUUCUCGUAACAAACUCUUAGCCUCGCUUUCGAAACUGUCUUGGAUCGUAAUAAUUCGUGAUAUCAUCACUAUCACCUGCUUCCUGUUUGCUUAAUUUUAAGCUUUUUAAUAUUUUCUUUUCUUUUU